GAAUGACAGCAACUUUAUUUUACCGAUUGGCAAAACAUGCUUUUGCCCAACCAGAGAAAAGUGUCCCGAAAUUAUUUCGUUCCGCAACAGCAGCAGAACAAUCGACCUGCACAAGUAUGGUAGCCCGUCGGUAAUGAGAAUUUUUCAACUGCUCGUGUACAAAUUACUGGCACGAGCGAUCGACACGGUGAACAGGUACUUUGACGUGCGAAGACUGCACUACAUCCGGGAGGUGCUGGAAAUAAACAUUGGGACACUGGUACACCAGCUCAACGAGAGCAGCCAAACGAUGGCAAAGCGCAAAGCCAUCUACGCGUUUCGGCCGUUCGAAGUGUGUGACGUUGAUUACCGGAGCAGCAGCAGCAGCAGCAGCGGCGGCAGCACCAGCCUUACCAGCAGGCUCGGCACUGGCCGACACUUUCCGAAGGCUCGCAGUGGCCAUCGCAUCGUGUGCAGCGACUCGUCGGUCUACUGCUUCGGAGGUUUUAAUCCCAACAACUCGCUCGCACGGGAUGGAAACCACGAUCAGCGCGAGGACAUGUACUUGUUUCAGGAGCUGUGGAAGUAUGAUAUGAUACGCAAGGAGUGGACGCUGCUACUAGACUCGAACAACGAUUUGCCCGCAGAGCUGGCCUCGAACGCAAUGCUGUUGUGCGGUGAAACGAUUAUGGUUUUUGGCGGCACAGGAUAUCCAUUUGGCGUAAAUUGCUCAAACCGACUGCAUGUGUGUGUACCUCGCCGCAGACCGAAGGAUCUGCUAGAGGUAGAGGUGAAAGGAGACCCUCCACCGCCGCAAUACGGCCAGGCAAUUGUAAUUAACGACAAUUACCUCUACUCCAUCGGCGGAACGAACGGCUUCGAGUAUACGCUUGAUAUCCAUCGGCUACAUCUGCCGAGCAAGACGUGGGAAUGCGUAUACGAAUGCAAUCAAAAUAUUCGCGAAGAUCCGUCGGGCCGAUACCGCCACGAGCUAGCGCACGAUGAUUCCAAAAUCUACGUCAUCGGCGGCGGUACAAGCGAUGCAGUGUUCAUCCUGUCCAAUAUUCCCGUGUACGACAUCAAAGCCAACAAGUGGGAGUACAUGGUGACGAAACCCGACCCGCUGGCCAACUCGCCCGGCAUACCGACCGCCCGCAAGUGUCACUCCUGCGUACAGAUACGCACGGACCAGGGGCUGGAGGUGAUCGUGGCGGGGGGCUACGAUGGCGUCAACUACUAUAACGACAUCUGGAAGCUUAGCCUGUCCACCAUGCAGUGGAAGAAGAUGCAGAAAUCGCAGCUACCGUAUCCGCUGUUCUUCCACGACGCGGCCGUCACGAGCGACGGCUGCAUGCACAUCUUCGGUGGUAUCCGGUACAACAAUAACACGAACGUUCGCACGGACACGCUGUACAGGAUGUGGACCACCAUUCCGCGGCUGAGCGUGAUCGCCUGGGAAGCGCUGCUGCAUUACAUUCCGAGCUUGCCCAGCAGGACAAAGGAAGAGCUGCUGGAAGCCGGUAUUCCUCGCCAGUUUGUUGACAGGGUACACGAGUGAGUGUUGGUAUGUAUUUUAUUUUUCGUUGCUGUAGAAAACGACUAUUGGGCUCAAAUCUCAGUUUAAUUUAAAUCACAGUACAGUACAACCUCACUGGUUGGGUCUUCUAAUGGGGUUGUUCACUAGUUGGUACCUCAAUAGUUGGGUUGCCAUCGAACCAAUGGGGUAGUUUUGACCGAAAGAAACACCGGCAAGGUUUUCAUCUAGCUAUGAAGUAUAGCCCUUGCGAUGCGGUUCAGUGCAAUAGAUGCAAUAGUUUAUGUACGAAAUUUGUCUACAUUGUUUGCAACCAAACUCUCCAAUGCGAGGCCACUCUCCUCCACUAUCCCAAUCAGUGAGGUCGUACUGUACCUUGGCAAAAAUAAAUAUCGUUUUCUGUGUGCAUCUAUGGAACUUUUUAAAAAAAAUACUAAAAAUACAAUAUAUGACUGCAGUGAA